AUGAACGGUCCUCCAACAUUCACUCAAUAUAGAAUAAAUAAGUUUUCUGGGAAUGGAGCAACUCAUAAGAUUAGAGAAUUACUCAAUUUUAAUGAUGAAAAGAAAUGGAAACAGUUUUCGAGCAGAAGGCUGGAGCUGAUAGACAAAUUCCAACUAAGUCAAUAUAAGGCAAGCGAACAAGAUCAAAACAUAAAGCAGAUUGCUACAAUAUUAAGAACGGAGUUUGGAUACCCUGUAAGCUGCUCUAAGGAAUUCGAAAAGUUAGUCACUGCUGCUGUGCAAUCAGUGAGAAGGAAUAGAAAACGAUCAAAAAAACGCUACGCUCUCAGCAUAGCCAAUGGCAGUGGCGGCAAUGUCAACAACAGCAUCUCGUCAAAUUCUACUUCUGACGACGAGAUCUCUCCGUCGAUCUACCAGCGCUCCAAUUCGGACUUCCUGCCUAGUUCUAAUUAUGCUGCAGAUUUCCAGUUUUCAAACAAGUUCCAGCCUCUCAUGAGUCACCAGAGUCAUAACGGAACCAUUUUUCCAACCGUGGGCACCCAAAAUGACUCAUCUCCAUCGGUUACUUCGACCCAACAAAAGUAUAACGAUAUAGUCACCAUGCUAGUGCACGAUCUUGUUACGAAUGUCGUACCCCUAUCAGAACAAGCUCUCAAGGACCCAUAUACUGGGCCAAACCUGUCACAUUUUGCUACGUCUUCACUCAGCCAGCAACCUAACAUUACCACAAACAUCCCGAUAGAUUCUACCGUGCCAUUUUUCCUGAGGGAAAAGUUACUCCUACAAAUCCAAAGAUCAAGAACUUGUCAGGACAUUUCGCAGGCUGCAGGAUCCAUUGAUAUAUACGCAAAUCUGGAGAUUUUGGGUGAAAUGUCAAUCCGAAUGUCUAUUGCAUUCGUUAUCGAACGAUUUUUCUCCAACUUGGUCUCUUCUUCAAUGAAGUAUAUCACUGCCAAGACGUGCUCUCCUGAAAAUCUGGCUUUGUUGUCUCAAAGACUGUUCGGUGCCGCUACAAGACAUAACUUAUCUCAUUUCCCCGCGGCUCAGGUACAACUAAGGCUACUGUAUUUGGUCAUAGGUGGUAUUGUCAAGGAUUUUGGCUUCGACCCCACGCUUUACCCUUUAAGUGAAAUCAUACAUCAUAUUGUGAUGGUUCAGUAUCCUUUGGCUAGUUCCUGUGCGUCAGAACCACCAUCAUCUUCACCUAACAAGAGGGUUAAGAGAAGCCCUCCUGUCGUUUCAAGUGACGUUAUGUUGAAUAAUAAUAACACUCUAUCGAAUAGAGCUACACUUUUAACUACGCUACCAAUGAAGCCUCAAUCGGCCAAUAAAGAUGUUAAUCGCAGAGUGAUCAUUAGAUUUAAUGAUCGCGAGCAAGCCUUUACUUUCCACCAGUUGAGCAAUGGACCACCCACGGUGUCUGAAGUUUUGGAAAACUGUAAAAAUUUAUUUAAUAUUAUCAACAAGAACAAGAAUUUUGGUAUUUUCCAUAACGAUAACCUCUUGAACGAUGAAAGUUUGGCAAAGUUAUUUGAUUCCUUUUCCACGAGCGAGAUUCAUCUCGUAAUUAAGGACAUUUCCACCAUUCCACUACAAGAUGCAAAAAUACCAGUGCCCAUUACGUUGCCCAAAAUGUCAUGCAUAGGUGAAAACCCCUCUAUGCCUUCUAUUCCAUUGGUACCACAAGAAAAAGAUGAUCCAAAAAAAUCAAGCUUAACUGCCUUUGAUAACAUCCUUAAUAGGAUCUCUAAAUCGCCAAUGAAUGAAGAAAAUAGCAACACUACUUUAAACACUGGCACCUCCACCUCCAACACAAAUAAUAAUGACCACAACGAGUCUGUGCCAGCGCCAUACGUUACAAAGAACAAAAAUUCUUUUCAAAAUGGCAAUUUACCACAGCCGGUUUUCCAGCCUUUACUUUGA